AUGGGCCUUUCAACCUUAACAACCUUAAAUCGUUUUCAUAUUUUUGUCCUUAUUGGAUGGCAAACAACUAUAUUUUUUGCUUCACAAAUGCUUUUUACAAUUUUUGCAACAUAUACCCCUAGAUGGAAAUGUUUGUCUAAUAAUACAACAGAAUUUAAUAGAGAUUGUAAUUUAUAUUUAAAAUGUCCUUCAGAAGAUUUAGAAUUUGAACAAUCCCCUUUUUUCUCUGCAACAAUAGAAUUUGAUUGGUUUUGUGGUUAUGGGGCUUAUUAUAGAGCUAUUUUUGGUCAAAUUCAAUUUAUUGGUGUACUUUUUGGAACUUUUUUAAUGGCACCCCUAUCGGACAGAUUUGGUCGAAAACCUGUAGGGCUUACUUGCCUUACUUUUGGUCUUACAUUACUUGCAAUGACUUCUCUUUCACCUACUGGUUAUACACUUUUGGCCAUUCGUUUUAUUGUAGCUAUAUUAAUGGGUGGAAGUAUGGGUAUUUGCCGCCUUUUAAUGACAACAAUUUGUUUUUAUUUCCCAAAUUGGAGAACAGCAAGUAUUGCUUCAGCUCUUGCUUCAGUUCCAGCUUUAAUAAUUUUUGCUUUUAUAAUUCCCGAAAGUCCAACAUGGUUACACAGUCAAGGAAAAACUGAAAAAAUGCGUAGAAGUGAAAGGUAUAUUGCUCGCAUUGCUGGUAUUCCUUUUGAGCCAGUUGAACAUGUUGAGAUUUGUAGAAAGGAAGUGAAGAAGAGACCGAACAUUUUCGCAAUCUUUCACGAUAAAGUAUUAUUUGGCCGCCUAUUAGUACUUUGGAUGAUGUGGUUUUGUUCUUCACUUUCUUCAUAUUCAAUUGAUUUAAACAGUGCCAAUUUUUCUGGUGACUUUUUUGCAAAUCAAUGGAUAUUAUCUUGCCCUAUUAUUAUCUCAAAAAUGUUUUUAUUUGUUCUCGAUUCGAAUUGGCCUUCCUUCUCAAGACGUACACUUCACCAUUUUGCUCAAUCUGUUGUUUGUAUUAGCUUUAUUCUUUUAACAAUUUUAGUUAUUAUUGGAUAUGAUGGAAUUUGGAUUUUAUUAAUAAAUUUGUUUGGAACAAUCUUUCUCGAAUUUACUUGGGAUGCUAAUGUUUUAUGUGCUGUUGAGUCAAUGCCCACACAAAUGAGAGCAUCAGCUUUAGGUUCAUGCUCAAUGAUUGCUAGAGUUGGUGGAAUAUUUGCACCCUUGCUCGUUUUCUUCAACGAAAAAUGGCGUGCUUCUGCAUACUUGACAGUAGCAACUAUUGGAAGUUGCAAUUUGCUAACCUCCUAUAUUUGGUUAAUUGAUACAAAAGGGGUAGAUUUAGAUGCUGUUAAUUUGGGAGUUGAUAUCUCAGAAAAAGAAAAUGAUGAAAAUGAGAACGAGAAAGGAGAAAAUAUUAAUGGGGAUAAUGUUAAAUUUAUACCUAAUGAACAUGGUUAAUUGUAAAACUUAAAAAAACAAAAAAUAAACUCUACCAGAAACGAGUUCCCAUUUUUAAGUUUAACAAUAAAUUUGUUGUAGAAUUGUAAAACACAAGGUUGCAAAAUAAAUUGUAAAAACAUAAAACAAUUGUAAUUCAUGUUGCAAACAAAAUUGUAAAUAAAAAUUGUAAAACAUGUUGAGUAAAAACAAAGUUGUAAACAAACAAUUAAUUGUAAUUCAAGUUGUAAAACAAGUUUGAAGACAAAAUAGGAUUGUAAAACAUGUUGAGAUUC